AUGGAAACCAGAAAUACUAUCCGAGUCAACUUUGUGAAAGUACCUUCCGAGCUGAAAGAAUUGGUAUCAAAGGUUCUUGUAGGUUCUCGUUUCACCGAAAGACAUGGUCAUCUACUCGAUUUUGUUACCUCAGGUUUUGAAGAAGAAAUGAUGAGUGUGCUAUUUCAAUUCUUUGACCCCGAGCAUCAUUGCUUCACGUUCCCCGAUUAUCAGUUGGUGCCCACCAUGGAGGAAUUUUCUGAGAUGCUUCACAUCCCUAUUGGAAAUCAGCUACCGUUCACUGAUUUGGUGAAUAUUCCGAAGCCUGAAGUCAUUGUCGCAGCCUUACAUCUGAAGAAGGCUGAAGUUGAGAAUAAUUGGGAAACAAGGAGUGGAGUCAAGGGUUUCCUCGCUAAGUUCUUACUUGAUAAGGCUCGAUUAUUCUCGGAUUCCAUGAGUUAUCAUGCUUUCGAAGACAUAUUGGCUUUGCUCAUCUAUGGUUUGGUGUUGUUUCCAAAUCCUGACCAAUUCAUAGACGUACAUGCCAUCAAGAUAUUUCUGACUCCCAUUCCUGUGCCUACUUUGCUUGGAGAUAUUCUACACUCAUUUCACACUCGUAUGAUGAAGAAGCGAGGGACUCUCAUGUGUUGUAUACCUCUGUUGUCUGGGUGGUUUAUUUCGUACCUUCCUCGAUCGGUAAUGAGGAAUGACCAAGGCCAGAAGUGGCAUCGGAGAAUAAUGUCGUUUUCUCAAUCCGAUAUUCGUUGGUGUUCUCUGUCCAAGGAAAAUGUUAUUAUCAUCGACCGUUAUGGACAAUACCCUAAUGUGCCACUCCUUGGCAUAAGGGGGUAUUACCUAUAA